GACAUCUUUUGACACACAAACCUCUUUUUGCAUAAGCACACACACACACACGCUCCACACCCCAUUCAACUGGGCAGGAGCCAGGAUCGGACGACUUCAAGGAGCACCAAUGAGGCUCCGGCACAGGGUCGGACAGGACCUGCCUCCAACCUUCACCAACCAGUCAGAAGACAGAACUACAAGAAUCUACCUACGUCAUUCUAUGUACAAAAUCCGUUGCACACUCUGUUUAGGGACCCUUUUCAGCUAACUCCUUCUGAGCUAUAUGAAUAGGUCCGUGCACGCUUAACUGCAAGGACAAGAUAUCUUUGACUUUAAUAAACUGCCAAUUUGCUAUACUUGAUUCCACUCUGUCCAGCGUCUUGAUUUGGUCUCUUUCUCUCGUAGUUAAACAUCAACAAAACUUGGUAGCAGAGGAUGGUUUAAACAUCUGAAUUCGAUCUAUGACAAGUUGAUGUGAGGGGAGACAAAUCAUUGGGUGCAAACCAGACGGAAGAGUGACCUGUCGCCAGGAGACAUCGGCCAUUCAACUUACCUCAGGAAACUGAUGACAGAGCUCGACAUAAAAUGUGUUUGUCCACCAUGGUUGGGACUUUCCCGCUUCUGUCAGUGCAGCCAACGCGGGGGCUCGUGGAUGAGAAGAUCCAGGUAGUUGUGAGGAAUUUACCUCCAGCGCUCUCAGUGACACUACAUUCCCUUCAUCACUCUGAGGAUAAGGACCUUUGGGAGGCGUUCGGCCAUUACACCAGCGACGGCCAAGGCACGGUGACAGUUGCUAAGGAUGCCAGUCUUGGAGGAACAUAUGAAGGAGCAGAGCCCAUGGGUCUACUGUGGAGCAUGCAGCCUGUUCCAGGCAGUCGGACAGGCCUCAGGUUGAGAAAGAUGGAUGUCCUCACUCCUAUGGUGGUACACAUCUCUGUGUACAGUGGGCACAUGACUGAGGGCUUCAGCAAGCAGUCUCCUCUAGCGACCGUUCUCACAGAACGAUGGUACAUGGCACCGGGUGUGUGCAGAAUUGACAUCAGGGAACAUGGAGUCCGAGGGACCCUCUUUUUACCCCCAGGUCCUGGACCCUUCCCUGGGGUGUUGGAUAUGUGGGGAGGGGGUGGGGGGCUGGUGGAGUACCGCUCUGGCCUCCUGGCGUCACACGGUUUUGUUUCCAUGGCGCUAGAGUACCUUCCCCAUGACAAGAACAGAACCUCAGACAUCGAUUCAAAAACCUACUUUGAGAAAGCGUUCAGGGUUGUGCAGGAGCACCCCCUGGUGAUGAAGGACAGAGUUGCUCUGUUUGGUCUCUCCUUAGGCUCGUUAGUCGCCCUCAACUUGGCAGCCUACUCCAAAGACAUCAGCCCCAAAUGCUGUGUGUGUAUCAGUGGGAGUCACGUCAUCCCUGUCAACAAGGUUAUCGGCGAGGUGUUUAGAAAGAUGAACAAGAAUAGGUAUAAGACCCGAUUUGAUGAAGAGGGCCGUGUGGUCUGGAGAGACCUCAUUCUGCCCAUCCCAACCGAACUUGGAGAGAAAGUGGAUAUGGGGAGGAUAAAGUGUCCAUUGAUGUUGGUCGUCGGGGAGGAUGAUCAGAACUGGGCCACAGUGGAGUCUGCUAAGGACAUGACCCAGAUGAUGCGUGCAGCGGGUAACGAGCACCUGCUGACCAUUCUACAAUACCCUGAUGCUGGACACCUCAUUGAGCCGCCCUACACACCCCACUUCAGAGCCAGCAACUUCAUAAUGCAGCAAACACGACAGAAAGUGAUCAUGUUGUGGGGAGGGUACACCAAGCCGCAUGCCGACGCUCAGGAAGACUGUUGGGAGAAGAACCUUAGCUUCCUACGGCAACACCUCUACCCCAGCCCUGACUCUGUCCCUAAGGCCAAGCUGUGAUGUCACAACCAAAGAGCAUCAAGGACCUAGUAUGAUUGACGAAGCUAUAACUUAAACAAAAAAAUACAUUAACACUUUAUAUUUUAAGUCUAAUUAUUUUGGUGGGUGGGAGGGUUCUUCUCAGCUAAUAAUUAUACAAAACAUAAUUAUUUUUGCGAGACAGUGGUCUCGAGAAUCCUAACGACCAAGUGAACGAUCUUAUAGUGUGUGACCCCUGUCUUGCCAUGUCAUUUAGUGAGCGCACCACUGUGUUGUCAAGACUUAAAAACGUCAGGAAAGACAGUCGUUUAAUGUGAUAGGAUUUGGAAAUUUGUGUGGUGUACACUUGGUUUUAGCUAAUUUUUUUUUAUUACUUAAAAUAUUGAAUUUGGUCUACUACUAUCGCCCAUAGAAACGCAUUGAAUAUAACACAUUCCUAAAUGGGGGAAAAAAAGACAUUCCAAAAAUGUAUCAUAAGGAAUAAGAUUUUUUUUUUGUGAGAAGACCAAUUUUUGAGAUGUCUCGGUCUGGAAUGUCGACAUAGGCGGAUGGGGUGGAUUGAGAGACAGCCCAAGAAAAAAAACUGAUAUUUAUCUUAAACUGACAGUAUUUUGGGUGCAAUAAUAUACUCUUAAGGAUUAAUAUUUAUGAAAUGAGUGAGAGUCAUCAGACCAGUGGACACAGCUGUACAACAUAACUUGAGGGCUGAUGAGGAGUGUCCACAAUAGUGGGUCAGAGUCUCUCAUUCGCUAAACUGCAUGAGUUGCCAAUAGUGUUAACACCUGUGCCUGAAACCUAACUGCCAUAGUACACAGAUGAUUGAUUCUAUUUUUUGAUUCAUGAGGAAAUGUAUUGUCUAUGAUGAUUAUAAUAAAUCGGAGGAGGAUGAACAA